AUGGCGGCCACGUCGCCGUUGCCGCGGUGGGCGCCGACGCCGGGCCCCUCGCGGCCGCUAUGGCGCUGGGGCUCGGAAGGUCUGUGGUGGUCGCUCGGGAGCGGUGUCUUCGCGUGGGCUACUGCGGCCGGCGGCCGGCGCCAGAGAGGCGCGCCGUCGUCAAACGAAACAGCCUGCGGCGGCGUCGCCGGAUCGGCCUGCGAGCUGGUGGCUCCACCUGCGGACGCUGGCGACCCCAGGGCGUUUCUGACGUGGGAGGACGUGCACGUCACGGUGGCCGGCGGCGGCCCGCGCGGGGCGCCGGACGUGAAGAUCCUGGACGGGAUCAGCGGGCACGCGCGCCCCGGGGAGGUGCUGGCCAUCAUGGGCCCAUCCGGGGGCGGCAAGACGACGCUGCUCGACACCCUCGCAGGAAGGUUAGGACCAGGCAUGAAUAAAACUGGGCUGAUUUUAAUCAACGGCCGGGAGGAGAAGCUUGCCUAUGGAACCUCGGCCUACGUGACCGAAGACAAAGUGCUGAUGUCGACGCUGUCCGUGCGCGAGGCCGUGUACUACUCGGCGCAGCUGCAGCUGCCGGACACGACGCCCGCGCCGGAGAAGCGGGCGCACGCGGAGCGGGUGAUCCGGGAGAUGGGGCUCACGGACGCCAUGGACACGCGCAUCGGCGGCCGGAUCGCCAAGGGCAUCAGCGGCGGGCAGCGGAAGCGGCUGAGCAUCUGCAUCGAGAUGCUGACGCGGCCGCGCCUGCUCUUCCUUGACGAGCCCACCAGCGGCCUCGACAGCGCCGCCUCCUACCACGUCAUGAGCCACAUCGCACGCGUCGCCGCCCACGACGGCAUGACGGUCGUCGCCGCCGUGCACCAGCCCAGCGGCGACGUCUUCGAGCUCUUCCACGGCCUCUGCCUGCUCGCCGCCGGGAAGGCGAUCUUCUUUGGGACCAUCUCUGAUGCCACCGAGUUCUUCACUCUGAACGGCUUUCCAUGUCCACACCUGAGAAGCCCGUCAGAUCACUUCCUAAGAACAAUCAACAAAGACUUUGAUGAGGAAACUGUGGAGAGUUCUACAGCUAACAGGAAAACAGCAGCUGAAGCGAUAGACAUUCUUGCGACUGCAUACGGAUCCUCCAGUUAUUUUGAAAAAACGACAGACCAAAUUGUUGAAAUGAAAAACAUGGAGGGCGCUUCAUUUAGGAGGAGAGAACAAGCAAGUUUCACCACAAAGCUCCUUGUGCUCACAAGGAGAUCGUUUUUUAAUAUGCACAGGGACAUAGGAUAUUACUGGAUGCGUUUGGCCACCUAUAUGGGCAUUGGCGUAUGUAUUGGCACUAUCUUCUACCAAGUUGGCUAUAGCUACAGUUCUAUCCAGAGUCGAUGUGAAGUAAUAAUGUAUACAGUUGCACUUUUAACUUUCAUGGCUAUUGGAGGAUUCCCGUCUUUUGUAGAAGACGUUAAGAUAUUCAGAAAGGAGAGGUUGAGUGGACACUAUGGCGUGUCAGAAUUUGUGAUCUCAAACACCCUCUCAGCUACUCCAUACCUGUCUGUCAUUGGUGUAUUACCGGGCGCUAUGCUAUACUACCUUACUGGACUAACAAAAGGCAUUGAUCACUUCACCUAUUUCGUCAUUGUCCUUUGCAUAUCUUGCCUUCUAGUAGAGAGCAUGAUGAUGAUUAUCGCUGCUAUUGUUCCGGACUUCCUAAUGGGAAUCAUCAUUGGAGCUGGAGUUCAAGGGGUGAUGAUGCUCAAUGGCGGCUUCUUCCGCCUUCCAAGUGAGCUCCCAAAGCCAGUAUGGAAGUAUCCUUGCUACUACAUCUCCUUCCACAAGUACGCUGUGCAAGGAUUAUACAAGAAUGAGUUCGUGGGACUGUCGUUCCCAAGUGAUCAGCUCAUUGAGUCUAAUGUCACCAUCAGUGGCAUUCAAGUCCUCAAGUAUAAGUUGGAGGUGGAGAUGGGGUACUCGAAAUGGGUAAACCUUGCCAUCCUUUGUGGAAUGACGGUGAUAUACAGGAUGAUAUUCUUCGCCAUCGUCAAGAUUACCGAGGAAAUUCGACAAAAAAUGGGAGGCAAACGAGGAUGUGUUAGAUAG